AUGGCGAACGCCACAAGUCAAACAGCGCAGGCAUUUCCCCUGGCCUUCGACGAAAUCGAGCGCUUGGUCAAGUCGUUGUAUGACCCUGGCAACGCGAAGAAGAUCUCCCAAAAUGAAGCAACAUUGAGGGUCCUCCAGCGAUCACCUCAAGGAUGGGAAAUCGCAGACGCCCUUCUUAAGAGCAAUGACGAACAAGUGCGGUUUUUCGGAGCGCUGACAUUGACCGUCAAACUGAAUGCAGAUUCCGCUGAGCUUACCGAGGAACACUCAGAGCAACUGCUUUCGACUCUCAUUAACCAUCUAGUAUCGCGACCAGCAACUUCGAUCGCUACACGCAAAGUGACGUCGACUCUAGCGCAGUACUUCAUCAAACCCAUUUCAGUAUGGACCCAGUGCAUCCGCAGCUUAGUUGUCUCAUUUGCUGUCGGGCAGCCUGUGCUGGACGAAGCAUUAGAUCAACAUCCUUCGACAUGGGAUCUAUUACCACGAUUAUCGGAUGACCAGCUUCUUGUUCUCCUUGACUUUGGUAUGAGCUUGGCAGAUGAAGCAAAGAAGCCCUCCAACACCAGGGAUCGCAAGCCACACGAGCGCAUGGUUGCUCAGGCCGAGAGCAUAGAGGUGAUAUUGCAUGUGGCAUUCGGUCGCGGUAUCAAGUGGCUAUCAGUGCCGAUCAAUAAUCCAAAUUUCGCAGAAGCAGUACAGCAAGGCGAAAAGAUUUGCGUAGCUGCACUAAAGUGCUUCAUAGGAUGGGUGUUCUAUGCUCAAGCCGAGUUUCGCGAUGAACCCGAGAAACUGAAACAUCUUCGGUCGGCGACUGAGCUUGUUUUGACUUGCUUAGAAUACCAUGUCGAAGACACUAUGGAGUUCAUUGCCGACAUUCUAGAAAAUUACCCCAAGUUCUUUGAAGCAAAGCAUCAAGACAUGCUCUGGUCAGCGAUUGCAGGACCAUGGGGAAUAGAAAUUCUCAAGAACUCCGACGCGGAGACAGUAUCGCUUGCUAGAAUCAUCGUUGCUUUCGGAACAACCUUACUAGAGUCCAAGGAUCUCUACAAGUUCCCAAACAUCUCACACAACCAGCAGGUGCUAUCAUUCCUGCACGACCUGCUUAAAUUCCCUGAGUGCGUAGGCGACGAGGAUGAGGUUGCACCUGUAGUCCUUGACUUCUGGAGCAACUAUGUGAGCGCAAUCGCCGAGGAACAGUUCAUGCACCCGCCAUUUGGGGAAGAUGGCGAGGAGAACAAGAUUCCAGAUUGGAUGCAAGGCGCAAAAUCUGAGGUCUUCCAAGCAGUGUCGGAGCUCGCGCAAAAGACCAUCUACCCGCCAACUGACGUCCUGGAAUCCUGGGAUGCGGAUGCUAAGAAAACCUUUAAAGUCUUCCGCAUGGACGUUCGGGACAUCAUUGCGGAAGCAUACGAAUGUCUUCGCGAUGCCCUAACAGACCAGUUCAUUGACUUCAGCUUGCAAGCACUUGAAAGAGGCGAAUGGUUGAAGCUCGAAGCCGGUUUAUUUGGUCUCGUCUCCAUUGCAGAUGCAUUCAACGAGUCAGUUGAUGAGCGCUUGUACCGUCUAUUUGACCAAGCUUUUCUCUCAACUAUAUCUGGAACUGAUGGAGUGCCUGCCAUUACACGGAGAACAGCUGUGGAGGCGAUCGCAGUCCUCAAUCACUUCUUCCUUCGGAAUCCUCGCUUUUUACCGCAAGUCCUGCCGUUCCUACUCUCAGCUUUGGCUCACCCUGCCACUGCACAAAGCGCCGCAAAAUCUUUUGCCCAACUAUGCUCAGAAUGUCGGAAGUCCCUUACAGAAGAAUUGGGCUCCUUCUUCCAGAUGUACGAGCAGUUUCUCACAUAUCAGACCGCCGAGGAGUUCACAAAGAGCAAGGUGCUCGAAGGUAUCGCAGCUAUCGUACAGUCCCUUGAUACGGACGAGAAAAAGCUGGCGGGCGUGCGUCAGCUCUUUCACUACGUCGCGCAGGACGCUAUGCAAGCCAUCAACGUGACCAAAGAGGGCAGGGAUUUGGAGCACGGGCAAGUACUGGCACUCACAACACUCAAGUGCUUGACGACCAUUGGCCGAUCGCUUCAGGCUUUGGAUGAAGACGUGGUCGAUCUUGCGACGGAGAAAGACCAGUCGACCUUCUGGCUGCAAGGACCCGGGAAAGAGAUCCAGAACCAGAUCAUCAACUUCGUGAAUUACCUAACGCAGGUUUUUCCUGGAAAUGACGAGAUCAUCGAAGCAGCAUGCAACGUUCUCCGUACCGGCUUCAAGGAAACCGUACCUGGCCCAUUUGUGCUGCCACCUUCAGCAGCUGUCGACUUCAUCACGAAGACAAACGCUCAGACUCCCAGGCUUCCAUUCGUCUUAGACACGGCGUGUUGCUGGCUGUCUUCCUUCAAGCACAGCCCUCCUGUGGGAUUCGCUGAGAAUGCACAGCGUCUGCUACAACACAAUAUUGGCAUCAUGCAAGCGCUAGAACAUCCACGCAACGACCCUGAAAUCUCUGUGGGCUGUCUCGAACUGCUUCAGAACUUCAUCAACUCAAAUCCUCAGAUCCUUAUCCAACAGCAGCCAAACAUCCUUGCCGGCAUGUUCGGUUUUACCAUCGAAUCAGUCAAGUCGCCUGAGGUGCUCCCGAAGCGGGCAGCAGCCAAACUAUGGAAGGACAUCUUCGAGCUAGCCAGCAAUACACAUGGUCCACACCAAGGCACUGCGCAAGACAUCAUCAAUCACUUCGGCCCAUCGAUAACCUUCGCCCUGAUCUCGAACGUAUGCGGUGAGGUGGACCAGACAAGUCUCGACCACAUCGUCAUACCGUUACGUGCUUUGAUCAAAUCUGACAAGAACGCUCGAACAUACAUCACCAACGCUCUGACUGAGCAGCCACUUUUACAGCGCUAUCAGCAGGACUCCAUGGUGCAGGACGUAGUCCGCAAGUUCAUCGAGAGUAUGAUUCGAAACGCAAAGAACUCAAACGCGUUCAGGGAAGCCGUCAAGGCUUUCUGGCAGACGUGCAAACAGCUCCAGAUGCAGUUGCAACCACAGGCCAUGACUCCUCACCAGAUGAUCCACGGCCUGAGCCUGCAAAACACCUACUGA